AGAUCAAACGGAAUUGAAUCAUUUUAAGCGGACAAGAAAAUUGUACGGCCCUGCAAUAUAGAGUUAAUAUCGGUCGUCGCAGUCAUUAUAAUGAAUUCGAGCAUAUCGUGUGUUUCUGUUCGUGAUUAAAUUUCAGUGGUUUAAUGAUUAGUUUAAGAUUUAAUAAUCAACAAGCGUAGUAAUUUAAUAAUGGAAGCACAUCACUACGAUACAAUCGUUGAUUCAACAAUAAGAAUGAUCGACGAGGAAAGAUGCACCAUUCAAUUGAGAGAAAAUCAGAAUUUUUUGAAUCCAAACAACCAACCAGUUACCAAAAUAUACAUUGAGUUUAAUAAUCUCUCAUACACGAUCCAUUCCAAUAAAGGAAAAUCAAAGAAGAUAUUAGAAAAUGUGACAGGAUAUUUUCGUCCCGAAAGAUUAAUGGCAAUUAUUGGUCCUUCUGGUGCAGGAAAGACUACAUUACUUCGUACUAUAUGCUCUUUGAAAACCACUAAUGUCAAAGGUUCAAUUAUCGUUAACGGUAAAAAAUGGAAUGGUAGUGCUUUUCGAAAACAAACAUGUUUCCUGCCACAAGAAUUUGUUUUAUUACCUUUGCUUACUGCGAAAGAAACAUUAUAUAUUGCAGCACGUUUGAAAGUUAAAAAUAUUCAUGAACCAUAUGCCAUUAAUCUGAUUAUAAUGGAAAUAGCGGAAAAUUUAAAUUUGACGAAUUGUUUAAAUACUUUAGUAAAAAAUUUAAGCGGUGGAGAACAUAAAAGAUUGUCAAUCGGCGUAGAAAUAAUUACAAAACCAUCUGUUAUAUUAUUAGAUGAACCAACCAGUGGACUUGAUAGUACAUCCUCGUAUCAGGUAAUCGAAUUAUUGCAUAAAAUAGCAAAAGGAGGUUGUACGAUUGUUUGUGCAAUUCAUCAACCCAGCAGUCGCAUAAUAUCACAAUUUGAUGAUUUAUUAGUUAUACACAAUGGAAUUUCCUUCUAUUGUGGACCUUGGAAUGAUGUUUUUUGUACCUUUAGUGAAGCAGGCUAUCUGUGUCCUCAAUUUUAUAAUAUAUCUGAAUUUAUUCUAGAAGUAGUGAUAGGCGAAAGAAAUGGUGAUUUAAACAAUCUACGCAAAAUUAGUCAUGAUAAAUAUUUAAAAUGGAAAAUAUGUUUCCAACAUUCUAUUAUAACAACAGAUAUUACAUCUACUCCAAAUUUGAAUAUUAUCAACAAAUCGAAAUUAUAUUUUAUGUGGAACGAACAGAAGAUUUUAUUAUUGAGAGCAAUAAUUUGUAUUAAAAGAGACAAUACUUUAACAAAAUUAAGAUUUGCAGCUCAUAUAAUAGUAGCUCUUCUACUAGGUGUAGUUUUUUAUGAUUCUGGAACUAAUGCUAAUAAAGCUAACAGUAAUAUAGCUUGUAUAUUUUUCAUCUUACUGUUUUUAUAUUUUGCAAAUUCUAUGCCGGCUGUGCAAAUGUUUCCCGUAGAAACUGCUGUUUUCUUACGAGAGUAUUUAAAUAAUUGGUAUCGUUUAAAAUCUUAUUUUUUGGUGAAAGUUUUAUCAGAUUUACCAUUACAAAUUAUCAUACCUUCAGUGUUCAUCAUCAUUACAUAUUACAUGACUGGUCAACCAAUGGAAUUCAAUAGAUUUUUACAUACUUGGUUGAUUUGUAUUUUAAUAACGAUUCUUGGACAAUCAUCGGGAAUGCUCGUUGGUGCUGCAUUCGAUACGCAAGGUAACACUGGUCGAUCAAGUCCAUAUAUGGCAUUGAUAUAUCUACGAAAUUGUAAAAAAAAAAAAGAUUAUAAUAUAUCGAAAAUAUUUAAUUUACAAAAUAUCAAUAUCGGAAUACAAAAAUAAUAUAUAUUUAAGUAUUAAAUAUUUAGAAAAAGUUAUUAAAAACAGAACAAAAUAUAACAGAAUAACAGAAAUCUAUCAUUUUGCAUUAUUUUUAUCACAUUUUCUAUCACAUUACAGAAUUCAAAUAUUAUAAAAAAAAUAUUACCCUUCUAAACUAUAUCGCAAGAAACUGAUAUAUGUACCCCAUUUAAGAUAAAUUGGUAUAUCACGUAAUGAUACACCAAAACCUGCAAACAUCAUCAUUGGCACAGAUAAAGUUGGUCCU